GAUAACCCUAAAUCGCUGGGGAGGUAGAAAGCUUUAAAACCUUUUAGCUUCCAAUAUAAUGCACGGUUUUCACUGAUCUUGAAGCUGUUUUGUAAUUGAGGAUCCGUUUAUACGGCAAACACGUGUAGAGAGAAAUCAAGGGUGGUUUUAUUCGAUUUAAUUCAUCUCCGACCAGAUAAACUCUCUCAGAAACGCACAAACAAGCACUAACGUCACAAUUUAUAGACAUUUAUUUCAUUUUAAGUGAUGUAGUUUACCCUUCAGUCAUUUUCACGAAAAGUUUCACGCGUAGCUUCUUCCGGACCAGCAGGGGUCCCCAGUGUGUUCUGGAUGCUCUUACAAAAAAAAAAAAAGGUUCAAUUUGAUAAAAAAUGCCCCUCACUAAAGGACGUCUGUGAGGUUGCACGCCCAAGGCCUCUAUGCGUUGAUGUUUGUUACAGGAACACCUCAUUUGCAUUUAACAACCGCAGAGCAGAUGAAGCAGCAGAUGAUUGGCCAGGAAAGAGCCAUCGGUUGGAGUAUGCAUGAGCAGAACGCACUGGAUGAACGCCGAGCCACGUAUGAGCUUCAACAACACUUCAUUACAGCAUUACCGUAAAGAUCUUACAGUUAAUCUAUGUUCAGCAAUGAAUCCCCCAUGACUUUAUUUCAGUUUAGAAGUAGUCGCAAAGCAUGCUGGGUAAGCACACAGUGUGCAGACUGCUUCAAAGUCCACUCUUAAACCUUUGUUUACACUCUUUUUACUAAUGGGAAACCUUAUAUCUUUUAAUUUUAUAUGAGUUUUCCCAUGCAAGUCAUCUUACAGCGUAAAGUGUGUAUAAGUAAGCAUGCUAUGGACAAGGUUAAUCUGUUCAUCUGACCCCGCCCCCGGAGCUUUAAAACGUGACGGACGCUUCCGCGACCGAUGAGAGACCGGCUCCAUCGCGCCGCCCACCGCCGUCUCGACCAAUCAGGACACGGUCGUCACGCGAUUGAUCGCUCCUCGGCCAAUCAGAGCGCAGUGACGCCGGCGCUGGGCGAGUUCGGUUGAGCCGAAAAUGGUGACAGCUCUCGCGUGCGGAUGAUGGCGGUAAAUAACAGCCUAAAGCGAGUGUAAAAAAAAACGCGCAGAUAUUAACGUCAUUCAACUCGCCAGACGCAUUUCAGCGGCGGUCUCGCGGAGGACUCGCGCCGAGGGGCCGGUGUUUGAGAGCCGAUCGGUGGCUUUGCGGUGUGAGUUUGUUCCGCGGCUGCGGCUCUUGCUAGUUUUUGUUCAGCGGGUUUAAAGUAACGGAUCUCUCGCGCCGGUAUAAACACGCACACAAACACACCGAUCGAGCGCCGGUACCGGAACCUACCGGAGCCGCCGCUGCCGCGGAUUCCGCGUGUCUCCCGGCGGAGCGUCUUUUGUUCUUUUUCAUUCUGCACGAUGAAGUCUUUUAAGCGGUCCGCUGACAGGACAUGUCCACUCUGAUGCUGAAUCUCGCCGUUUCUCACAGAUGAGUGCGGUCAUGGCGUGUGGUUCCUGACUCAGAGUGCUCCUGCGUGUUGGGAGACAUGGAUCGCUGUAAGCAUGUGGUACGGUUCCGUUUGGGCCAGGGCCACUCCAUUCUCAACCCGCAGAUGUGGCGUUGCAUUGACUGCGGCACCACGGAGUCCGUAUGGGCUUGUCUGAAGUGCGCUCAUGUGGCGUGCGGCCGCUACAUGGAAGAACACUCCCUAAGUCACUACCAGACAACGCAGCACCCUCUAGCCAUGGACGUACAUGAACUGGAUGUCUUCUGUUUCGAGUGCAGAGAUUAUGUGUUGAAUGAUAAUGUCGAGGGUGAUUUAAAGCUCCUUCGCGGGGCGCUAUCUACUGUCCGCAGCCCUGGUCAGCGCUCCCUUCGUUCAUCGGCGCCCGAUGCCGGACUGCGAGUAUGCGAGGUUGUGCGGGAUGGUGCUAUGCAGACGGCGUUGUGGCACAGACGGAAAAUUCUUCUUCAAGGUGCCUUGCACCGUUGGAGGUGCCGACAGCAGGAGCAAAACAGAAAGCGUGAAGAAAAACAGGAGCAGGAGCGAGAAGAGAAGCGACGGCAACGCAGGGAAGUCAAGAAGCGGUUGAUGGGAGAACUAGCCAAUGUGCCACCAAGAAAAAGUGCACGGCUUCUCACCCAGGCUCCUCGUCCAACACUCGCACUUAUUCCUCGGAAGUUCCAGGACCCUCCUGAACGACUCCCUUCGGCCCCCAAACAGUCCCUGCUGUCACAAUCCAACAAGCCUCUGUCACGCAAACCGUUGCGUAAAGCAAGUCGGUUGCACCGAUAUCAUGCCUCGCAGUCAUCACGCCGCAGGAAACUUGCACCCGGAGUAACAGGAUUGCGCAACCUUGGGAACACGUGUUACAUGAACUCUAUUCUCCAGGUGCUGAGUCACUUGCAGAAGUUCAGGGAGUGUUUCCUCACGCUGGACCUUUGCGAGACAGAGGAGCUGCUCGCAAAGACCAACCAAUCGCAGGGAGCCCUCACUGCGCUGGGCCGCAUGGGGAGGACGAGCGGAGGCACCUUUAGCAAACAGAAUGUCCCGCCCAGCCUGAGCUCUGCGGAACUGGUGCAACCAAAAGAACCACGGUCCUCAGCUCGGCAGCAGAUGUCUUUGUGUCACGAGCUGCACACGCUCUUCAGGGUCAUGUGGUCGGGUCGGUGGUCGCUGGUGUCUCCAUUUGCCAUGCUGCACUCCGUGUGGAACCUGAUUCCGGCUUUCCGUGGAUACGACCAGCAGGACGCGCAAGAGUUCUUGUGUGAGCUUCUGGAUAAGGUCCAGCAGGAACUGGAGUCGGAUGGACCCAGGAAACACUUCCUGAUUCCGAUCACGCAGCGGAAACUGUCCAAACAAGUCCUCAAAGUGCUCAACACCAUCUUCCAUGGACAGCUGCUCAGCCAGGUAACGUGUCUGUCCUGUAAGCGCAAGUCGAACACGGUGGAGCCAUUCUGGGAUUUGUCUCUGGAGUUCCCAGAACGAUACCACCGCAUGGAGAAGCCCAGCGCAGCGGCCUGUCAAGAGAGCUGCUCGCUGUCAGAGAUGCUCGCCAAGUUCACAGAGACGGAGGCUUUGGAGGGAUGCAUUUACGCCUGCAACUUCUGCAACAGAAAGCGCCGUAAAUCGUCCCAUAAGCCCCUGUCUCUUUCGGAGGCCUGUAAGCAGUUACUCAUCUGCCGUUUACCUCAGGUUCUGCGGCUACACCUCAAACGCUUCCGGUGGUCCGGUCGGAAUCACAGGGAGAAGAUCGGCGUCCAUGUGGCUUUUGAUCAGGUCCUGAAUAUACAACCAUACUGCUGCUCGGACACUGCUCCGAUGCCUCAGAGAGAAGCCUACACCUAUGACCUAUCUGCUGUAGUGAUGCAUCAUGGGAAAGGCUUUGGCUCAGGGCACUACACGGCUUACUGUUAUAACACUGAAGGAGGUUUCUGGGUUCACUGUAACGACUCGGAGAUGAACGUGUGCAGUGUGGAGGAGGUGUGCAGCACUCAGGCCUACAUCCUGUUCUACACGCAGCGCUCGUCCUAGACCGCUCUGUCCCUGAGACUCGCAGCUGGCACAGACACACUUUACCGAGGGCAUUCAGGACCAAACUACACUCACCUGCAGGGUCCAGAACAGCAGGGACGCACACAGAUCAGCCCCUCCGCUGUCGGCGACAGAGAUCGAUGGAUGCUCAUCCUGGAGAGGAAUGCGACAGCAAUAUGAUCAUCACACACUCUGAAUCAGGAAUUCUUCACCUUUGAUACUGCGACUGUUUUCUACUCUUUCUAAUCGGGAUGAAAUUCAGGAAAACAGAAAGCCUCUUCAUUUACAUCAGUGGUAAAUGACUGAACAAUCUUAUGACGCUGAAUGUCUAGUUUGUGUGUGUGUGUGUGUGUGCGUGCGUGCGUUUGUUUGUGUGUGGAAGGGCGUGACUGCUGACCUCUGACCCUUGACCUUUGUCCUGUAUCGUGAGAGCACCUGUUAUCGACUUUAUAGAUCUUGUGGGAUCUUCCUGAUGAUAGUGAAUAAAAACAAAAACAAAAUCCAAAUCCUGAA